AUGGUACGUGUAACAAUCAAAGGUGGUGUUUGGCGUAAUACAGAGGAUGAAAUCCUCAAAGCAGCGGUGAUGAAAUAUGGCAAGAAUCAAUGGUCACGUAUUGCAUCAUUACUACAUCGUAAAUCUGCUAAACAAUGUAAAGCUCGGUGGUUCGAAUGGUUAGAUCCUUCGAUUAAGAAAACGGAAUGGUCUCGUGAUGAAGAUGAAAAACUGUUACAUAUGGCCAAAUUAAUGCCAACACAAUGGAGAACAAUAGCUCCCAUUGUACAACGUACCGCUGCUCAAUGUCUCGAACGUUAUGAAUAUUUACUUGAUCAAGCUCAACGUCGUCAUGAAGGCCUUGAUGAUUCAGCCGAUGAUCCGCGCACGUUACGUCCCGGUGAGAUUGAUCCUAAUCCAGAAAAUAAACCAGCUCGACCAGAUCCUAUUGAUAUGGAUGAAGAUGAACUGGAAAUGCUUUCCGAAGCUCGUGCACGUCUUGCUAAUACUCAAGGCAAAAAAGCCAAACGUAAAGCACGUGAAAAGCAACUUGAAGAGGCACGACGUUUAGCCUCAUUACAAAAGCGUCGUGAAUUGCGUGCUGCCGGUAUCGAAGUUCGUCGUUAUUUCAAUCGAAAGCGUGGUGUCGAUUAUAAUGCCGAGAUUCCGUUUGAGAAGCAACCAGCUAUUGGUUUUUAUGAUACAACGAGUGAACCAUUCGAUCCAGAGAAAAUCGAUUUCAAACGUUUACACGUUGACAAUCGUAAUUUGGCGAAGAAAGAAGAAAAUGAAAAACAGGAAAGAAAAAAUGAUAAUGCCAAAUUAAAACGUAAGAAGGAAGAAGAUUUACCAGCUGUGAUUAUGAGCGAAAAUCGUCUUGAGCCAAUCAAGAAACGUUCGAAAUUAGUUUUACCAGCACCACAAAUAAGCGAUAUUGAAUUAGAGCAAGUUGUUAAGCUUGGACAAGCAACUGAAACCGCAAAGCAACAAGUUGCCGAAAGUGGCACCAUCGCAACUGAAACUUUGCUUGGUGAUUAUAAUGUAACACCAGAUUUAAAUCGACUUCGCACACCGCAACUGCCUACAACGCAAGACAGUGUACUUAAUCAAGCACAUAAUCUUAACGUGCUGUCGACUGUUCAAACGCCGUUGCUAGGAGGUGCAAAUACACCAUUGAUGGACGUUAGCAAUGAGAAAUCACGUUCGGCAGGAGGUUUAAUUAUGGCAACACCUAAUACAUUGUUCAACACACCUUAUCGUACACCUUCGAAUGCAGGAAAAGAUGGAGCAACCCCAAGUGUACGUGGCCAAGGAGCAGAGUUCAAUGCCGGCAUUACACCUGUGCGUGAUCGGUUAAAUAUCAAUCCAGAAGAUUUGUUAUUCGACGAUCAAAUGAAACAACGUGAAAUAAAGCAACAAUUACGACAUCAUUUAUCGCGUUUACCUAAACCGAAAAAUGAUUAUGAAAUUGUUUUACCUGAUACUGCUGAUCAAAAAGCUGAUGACGAUCAAAUGGAUACAUCGGAUGUCAAAGCCGAAGAUCAAGCAGAUAUAGAUCAACGCAGACGCGAUGAAAAGCGUCGAAAAGAACAAGAACUGUUCAAACGACAAACUCAAGUUGUUCAACGUGAUUUGCCUCGUCCAAAUGAUAUUAAUCUAAGUAUUCUUCGACCUGCAAACGCAGAAGGUCCAAUAAAUGAUUUACAAAAAGCAGAAGAGUUGAUUAAACAAGAAAUGCUUGUUCUUUUGCACCACGAUGCUGUCAAUAAUCCUCCUGCAAAUAAUUCAAUGAAUCGUAAUCGCGAUUUCUCUUCUUACCUUGCAACAUAUCCGUACGAACACUUUACCGAUGAAGAUCUUGCACAAGCUCGUACACUACUCGAAGCUGAAGUCAAUGUUGUGAAGAAAACAAUGGGUCAUGGUGAUAUUAGUCUUGAUGUUUACUCGCAAGUUUGGGAUGAAUGUUGUUCCCAAGUUUUGUUUUUACCAUCAAAAAAUCGCUUUACUCGUGCAAAUGCCGCAAGUAAAAAGGAGCGUAUUGAAUCGGCUGAACAAAAACUUGAACUUGAUCGUCAAUUUAUGAGUAUGGAAGCAAAACGGGCAGCAAAACUUGAAAAAAAACUGAAAACAUUACUUGGUGGUUAUCAAUCGCGUGGUCAAGCAUUGAUCAAAGCAUUGAAUGACGUCUACGAUCAGAUCGAUCAAACACAAGUUGAGGCAAAAACAUUCGAGCUACUUCGUCAAAACGAAGUGUUAGCUAUUCCAAAACGUAUCGAAUCUUUUACCGAAGAUGUUGCACGACAAGAAGAACGUGAACGUGACCUUCAACGACGUUAUCAAGAAUUAUAUGAAGAACGGAAUAGUUUGUUAGAACAAGAAUAA